AUGAUUAGACAUAAUCUAAGGAUUUCGAAGCAGUUAUGCCGGUUUACAGAACUACGUGGUACUGGGGCUAGUAUCAAUCGUUUAAACGUUUUAAGAUUCUAUUCAGAUGACAAAUAUAAGUCGAUCGAAGAUUUCAAGAAGCAGAAGAAGGAUUAUCGAUUUGGACAUAAUUUUAGCAGUUUAGAUGAACUUGACAACCAAAACCAGAAGCAUUUCACUUCAGAUAUGCAUUCUGACUCGUCGGAUUUACACGAAAAGAUUUCCCAAUCUAGAUACAAUCAAUUGGAUGAAAAUGACAUUAACUCAAUAAUUGAAAAUGAUCCAAGAUUAAUUAAUUUGAAGCCUGGGUCAGCGGAAUACAAGCACCAGCAGAAUUUGAUUCAUAAGGAAUUCCAUCAACGGGGCAAGAAGGAACAAGCUCGUUAUGAGUUUAUUGAAAGAUUCAAGGGGAUCGGUUUAGGGGCAUUGGCACUCAUGGGGAUUGUUUCUAUCCAUCAAAUAGUCAUGAACUACGAAUACCUCAAAAAUAAAGUCAUGUAUAACUUCAAUUAUAGCGUUGAUGAUUCUAAGAUCACAAGUUUGGAUGAUCCAUCGAAAAAUAAGAAAACAAUUGACUAUUUGACAAAUAAAUUGAUCCGUGAAUUGAGCAAUGAAAUAAUCGCCAAUCUUGAGAAGCUGAAUGAAGUUUCGGGGUUGUAUGUCUUUGGUUCCCAUAACAGCCAGAAAUUGCCAUUUAGAUUCAAAUUCUUUGAUGGUAUGCUAAUAAAGGAUGUACAAAUAUUCCAGGACUAUUUAGCGGUAAUCAAUGAAAAAGGCGAAUUUUAUCAAUACCAUAAAGGCUUAAAAGAACCGGUAUUAACGAAAUUAGGAUCAAAAGUAACGAAGUGUCAAAUUUCCAAUGAUAUGGUAUAUUUAUUGACGAAAAAUGGUGAAGUUAUUUAUACUCCAAGAUUGGAUAAGUCUGUGUCUGGGUUUGAUCGCUUGAAAUCUAGGAAUCUUUUGGGAAUUUCGUCAACGAAACCUUUCAACAAAGUAUGUUUUUUAAAGGAUGGCUCGAAACAAGGUUUUUUGAGCAGAAAUGAAUCAAUUAAGGAUAUUGCAGCUGGACAAAGUCAUAUAUUAAUGCUUUCAAGUGAAGGAAGAUUAUUCGUCGCCAAUACAGCGUUGGACCCAAGUAAUUUUAUGAACUACGGACAGUUUGGAUUACCAGCAUUAUCUCCAUUUGGUGAGAAUUUUGAUCAAAUUCCUAACAACCAGGCAUUUGAAUUAAAGUUAUUAAAUAAUGAAAUUCUUACGAAUAAAGAUGGUGCCAAAUCCAUCAGGCCAAGAAGCUUUGACAGUAUUGCUGCAGGUAAAUUUCACAAUAUAGUUGUCGAUACUGAGGGUAAUGUAUGGUCAUGGGGUAAAAAUACAUUUGGUGAAUGUGGAUCUGAAAUUAGUUAUAAGACUGAUUUCCAACCUGUCCCAAAGAAAGUAUUCACUACUGCGGACUUCUUUUCUUUCACGAAGAACACUUUACCAGGUAAACUUGAUACCCAUAACUGGAAUGUCGAGAAUGUUUAUGCUGCCGAUGAAUCAUCGUAUGUUAAGUUGAAAUAUAGUGAUGAGACAAAUGAAGCUGAAAAUCAGCAUGUAUUAAUAAGUUUUGGUAACGGCUUAAAGGGACAGUUAGGCUCAAGUAGGUUCAUGCAUGUUUGUCCUCAACCACAGAUUGUUAAAUCGCUCAAUAACUUGAGCGAAUAUAAUGAAUUUGCAGGGAAGGUUGUUAAUAUUGGCAUUAAGGAUGUGAGUAUCGGUAAUAACCACGGUUUCGUUACAUUGAACAAUAUAGGUGAUUAUAAAGAUGUCCUUACAUUUGGAGAUAAUGAAUUUGGCCAAUUUGGUAACGGUAAAGUUGCAAAAAGCAGUAAACCUGUCAGACUUCCAAAAUUAAUUGAACCAGAGGAUUUCAAUAAUGCUGAAUUGACCAAAAAUGAUAAGAAAGUACAGAGGAAAUUAGUCCGAAAAGUAAAUGACACCACAACUAAUAGGUUGCAACUAUUGGAUGGAGUAAAAUUAGCUAAUGGAACAUCAAUUGAACAAGUGAUUUUUGCCGGCGAUGAUUCUUCCGCCAUUUUCUACAAACGUAAAUAG